AAAAUAUUCAGUUAUUGUUUGUUGGACGUGUUUGGGAAGACACAGAAAACAGAGGAGUGUUCUUUAAGACCUUGACUCGCAGUUGUACCUAUGAUAUACAGUACAUCAGGGUACAAAUGUACAGCUGUUGUCGUUGCAUUGUGGGAUUGGCUAGCGGCAGAGGAGGAGGUGAACACUUCGCUGGACGUUCAGGCCUGUAGGAAACCGGCACGAGCUGCUUCACAAGAAGAAGCGCGCGUUUUUCCACUCGCAGACUUUUGGUUUCCUUUAAUUGACUGUCAGUAUGUCGUCUAUCUUGGGACUCGUCGCCAAACAGCUUAAGAGCCACCCAGCUGUAAGUAAAUUAAACUGUAUUUUAUUUCAAUGCGUGGUCGACUAGGUGACAUUGAAAACGAAAGGAGGAGGACGUGCGUAGGCAUGCGCGCGUGCUCCCCUAUCACACCCUUAUUAUCGGAUGCGUUUUGUUAUAGCUAUUCGUUUACUGAUGUUUCCACUUAGAUGUACUAAAUAACAACGAUUUUAAAUCAAUAAAGGCAUAUUCAUUUACAGUGACUCCACAACCUCUCAUAUGCCUCGACAUAGCUGUUGAAAAAAUAGAUGACAAAGGCAUUUUCAACACCAGACAUCCUCAUUUAAGACUAGAUUUACCUUUCUGCCUCUUCCUUUCUUAACCGUAUAUUUAUAUUUUCGUUUUCCUCUCUUUUGGGGAGUUCUUUUUCUAAAUGGGCUUUUAUUUUGUUGGCUGUCACCCUCUAAGCUUCAUAAAACGCUUUUCGCAGUUUAAAUAAUGACGCCACCUGCUCAUGGUGGGUUAAAACAAAGGCAAAUAUUAUAGGGUGAUGGGGAUAAAAAUAACGAGUAACUGUAUAGUGUGCUCUACUGUUCUCUACACAGCCAUACGUGUAGGGCUCUAAAGCACGUACACUGUAUAGUUUCCAUACUGGCAUGACUCAAUGCUAUAGAGCAAUGCGGGAGGGAGAGAGAGAGUGUGUUUAUCUACGAAAGGGGGUUAGACAGGGUGCUUUAUGGCUGAGUCUGUAUUAAUAGAUCACUGGUUACAAAUGUUUUGUCCUUCAGUGGGAGUGGAAGCUUCCCUAGUUUUUUUUUCUUAAUAAAUUUAUCUUUGCCUUCUAAAGAUCUGCCAUUUGGAGUUGUUGUAGGAUUCAUAUGUGUUCCCUUUGAAAUGGUAUGCUAUACUUAUUUUAAGCUCCUGAGAUCAAACAUAAGGUCACAAACCAAAUGACAAAUUUGGGGGUCAAAUUAUGACUGACACAACAGAAAUUUGAUAUACUUUAUUAUUUUCAUCAUGUCUCUCAGUAAAUUUGGAAUUAUUCCUAUUUUCAAGUAAAACAGCCGACAAGCUGAGAAAAUGGGUCACAUUUAGAAAGCCAUUCAGAUCUCAAAUUUCUCCUGACUAAUGAGUAAAACUAAACCUUUAUGAAAAAAAUGACCCCAGAUUGGGUACAUUAUAAUGUGUUUAUCUCUCUACCUCUAGCUCAUCCCCCUCUUUGUUUUCAUUGGUGGCGGGGCAACGAUGAGCAUGAUGUACCUGGGUCGGCUGGCUUUGAAGAACCCUGAUGUAUCGUAAGUCACUUCAAGUGUGUAGAGUUUAACAUUUUAUUUAAUGCACGAUCAUGAACUUUUCCUACUUUUGCCUCCAGAUGGGAUCGUAAGAACAACCCUGAGCCAUGGAACAACAUGCAGCCUGACCAGCAGUACAAAGUAUGAGCCCUCAGACAUAGAUUGCUUUAAUAACUUAUACACUGACUCAAGGGAUGCACUUUUUACUAAAAUACUCUUAUCUGAUGUUGACUUCCACUGAUCAGAUGAUUAUUAAAAAAAACAUGAAUUGUGCUUUAGAAGAGAAAACUUUCUAAAAGCUAAUUGUAUUCUGUGAAAAAUGGCAAUAUCAUGUUAAAGACACAUGUAAAAGAAACAUGCAACUUUGCAAUAACAGUGAUAAACUAUGAUCAACUGUAAACAUCUAUUUCAGUGUUGUAUACACUAUUGAGGGUAAGGCAUUUCAAUGCAUGACACAGGUCAAAUCAAAUCAGUCAAUAUCUGUGAUGCAUAUUUCUUUACAUACAAAAGUGCUUAUUUAGAUUUAAAGUGAAAACAUAUUUGUGUAGGAUGAGCCAUAUCUGUUCUGUUAUCUUGCCUCAAAGUCCAAACCUGCUCACUCAUACUGAUUGUGUGUAUUGUUUGUGUCUUCCAGCUUUUCACAGUUAACAUGGACUACUCCAAGCUGAAGAAGGACAGGCCUGAUUAUUAAAUCAUCAUGUACACCACUGCCUUUGAUAUUGUUGUCAGAGUGACGAUACUUUGCACUUUUUUGCCAAAUAUACAACAGGCUCAUGACACUGAAUGAAGGUUAAAUCACACACUGUGUGCUGCAUUUAUUAAACCUGUUAAUUUCCAUUAUUAAGGGGAAAGGGAUCAUUCAGAUAUCUAUGACUGUACAAAUAAAACAGGCAACCACCUGUUUUAUUGAUUGAUGAAUUUAUUUUUGUCUUCAUUAUAAAUUAUUAAAACUGUAAAUUGCACCACU